AUGAUCAGAAAGUGUAACCUGGAGGGUUGUCCAAUCAAUUCAAAGCUUGGCUCUUCUCGCUGGGCGAUUAGGUGCUGGGAGAAGGAUACCGAUGCUGCGAGCCAUCUCUUCUUUGCCUUUUAUUCUCUUUCCCAAGACUCCGUGGCUAGUAAAACGCUUGUAUCUCAAACCAAGUGCCCGCCAGUUCUCAUGCAAAUCUUCAUGACCCGGAUUGUAAUAGUUGUUGAUUUGGUUCUGCCCAUGCUAUUUGCCCUUCUGCUUCGCACCAAGAACUUUGAAAUCACCCAGCACAUCGAAAGCCUGUUCCCUCUCCUCAAUAGAGUUCUUCCUAGCCCGAUCACGCUGAAAAGGUUUGCCAAACGGGCUAGAGAAAAUCAAUCCAUAAGCCAGGAGCCAAUUCCUAUGAGGAAACCUCCUCCUAAGAAACUCAAGAAGAACACUGGUGGAAGCGGCUUUCGGAUGAUGUUUGGAAAGAAGGACAAGGUUGCCAGAUCAGAGACUCCCCGCGAACCAGAGAAUGGACUGCAGGCCCCUGAAUCGGGUCUUGGACGGCGUAUGUUCCAGCUAAGGAUGAAGCCAUCACCCACCAUUGAGCCCGUCGAGAAGUCCCCGGUACCCAGCGAGGGAACCAAAAAACCCGAGCCAGUCCUUACCCACUCAACAGCCACUAGUAAGAGCGCCGCACGGCCUCCUAUGACCACGACUAAAUAUUUCGGGGCCGAUCAUGCUUUUGCUAAAUUUCACCAAGGCCCGAUGAACAAUAUGCCAGCUUUCGUUUCUAAUGAUGGCUCUGACGACAAAGCAAUGACUGUUCGUCCUCCACCACCUCUCAACCGACAGGAAGUUCCCAAACCGGAAUCGAUUGAUGAGGAAUGCUAUGAACGAGAAGAGCAUCCACAUACCACUAGCGCACCUACCAGGGAUGAUGUCUCCGAAGAAUCUGCAGACUUGACUUGCGGCAUUAGGAAGAAUGCUGCCGAACGUGCGGCAAGACUCAGCGAAGAACAAUCGCGUCGUAGCCAAAGCCAAAGCAACUGCACGGGCGAGGGUGAAACUAGCGGGGAGGAGACUAUCGAACGCCGCGUCUCUUGCAUCCCAGCGAGUGCUAGCUACUGGUAA